ACGUGCUCGCCACCGUCUUGCCAUCUGCCGCCUGCCGAGCGAAGCGCAGCAAAUAGCGGAGCGUCCGCCUUGGAAGGCUUGAGGCUUGAGAGCUCGUACGAGUGGCUGCUCGACCCCCGAGUGUGUGUUCUGCAGCCAGCGGUAGCCCACGACGCACUAGGCAUCCCAAGUACGACUCGAUUUUGGCCAGUUCCCGCAACCCCGGGUACUUCCAGCACAACGCACAACGAUGGCCGCACGCUCGCCCGACCACAAAAUUAGCAGCAGCCGCAGCAUACCCACGAGGCGCGUUGUCAUCAACGACGCCAGUCAGCUGCCCAUCGACUACAGCUCCACGCCCGGAGGCACCAUCUUCUCCACGACCCCCGGAGGCUCUCGCAUCAUCUACGACCGGAGCUUCCUGAUGCAGAUGCGCAACUCGCCCGUGGCGCGCACGCCACCCAAGAACCUGCCACUCAUCCCGGGGGUGACGGUGUCCUGCAGCCCAGAGUCCAAGCUGGCCGCACAGCCACAGAAGCCCGUGGAAAACGGCACCGCCUCGCCCGCCAAGCCCCCCUCCAAGCCCGAGGGUUCCGGGGACGAGCCACAGUUUGCGAUGGACAUCUAGUCCGACCAAGUGCCAAGGGGACAUGCCGCGGCCGCUGCCCCCUCUCGACCCCUCACGCCUUCCGGGGCCGGCCAAGCCAUUUUUUGAGAAGACACCCAAGAGAGGCCAUCUCGAGGGGACACGGGGGACGCUCAGCUUUCCAAGGCCCUCUCCUCAAGGGUCGCGGCACCUAGCUCUUUUUAUAAUUGACUUCCCGACAUGAAACAAGUCGCCUAACCUCCAUUGUUUUUUUUUUAAUUUUUAUUUGUUUGAUUUGCUCGCUCGGGCUUUUUCUAAUGUCUGCUCACCGCCAGGCAAGCGUUCGACCCACUCCGGUUGCAGGUGUGCCGGCAACGUCUCGUUGUGCUUUGUGGCCCACUUCCAAACGUCCAACCAACGCCGCUCGCGGACACGGCAAAGUUUGUAAGCAACUUUUGUGACACUCUGGUGUUGUCGUCGGUCGGUAAACGAAUGUUUGUUGAUGUGCGGCGCUCCGGAGUGUAACUGUGCUUCCGGAAGCCACUUCUACUGCAAGCGACGUUGGUUGGGCGUUUGCCCUGUGGGGCUGGUCGUUGGUGUCGUGGACCAACAACAGAGAACGUUUGUUGGCGGGCGGAACCAGGAGUCUCCGACGAAGUAUGUUCCCCGUGCUUGCGAACGGGGCUGGUUGAAUUCUUAGGAGGUGGCAACCUGCACAGACACUUCCAGAAAGGCGGGACUGUGUUGCAGUCCUCUCCAGAUUUGAGAUCCUCCCCACAUCCUCUCCCAUUCUGGCGAGUUUGGGAGGGGAGAGUUUUAUUGGGGCAGACGCACCCAAUUGCGUCGAAGCUUAGUGCGCGUCUUUGUUUUUGUUCUAAAGAAGGAAAAGUCUUCUCUGGCGUGGUUUUAAGUUUUUGUUUCAUUGCUGUUACGGUGUUGGACGCGAAGAAUUCUGGACGCAAUUUUGUUGGAGUUUUUAGUUAAAGAGGGCGAGCGAAAGGCAACGAGAGUUGUGAAUUUUUGUUGACUGUUUUGCUGACAGGUGUCGUUAGCAUAGUUUGGGGAGAACAAAAGCAAGUUUGUUGUUGCAUGCUCCAGAUUGGAGCACUUUUCUUUUUUUCGAGUAUGAGCGAACAUUUUGGAAUCUGUUGUCGGCUUAUUUCCGAGCCACUCUUGAAGUAUGCAAUGGAUGUGUCGGGAAGGCUGUUGUUAAAUGCGAAGAUGCGUGGGUAAAAAACAUUGGUAAAAUAAAUAAAAAGUAAAAAAUUGGGACACUCAA